UUUUUCAGUCAUGUCGCCGUUGCUGAAAUGAAAACAAGCAAAUUUUGAUGCAGAAAAAUAUAUUUUAAGGUUUUCUUGGAAAGAUAUAGCAGAUAUUUGUGUUUUUGUCGAUCGUGAACGGAGCUGCAAAAUGCAGAAACCUGCCUCCCGUCGGAUUUGCUUCAUUCCGGGAUGCCCGUCCCAAGUUGGGCAAGUAAUCUUUCUGAGCGCCUAUAAAUCGGACGGCCUGCAGCGUUGGUGGAGCGAAUCCGCUUGGUCAAAACAAAGGAAAAACUCGACUAUUCCCAAGAACACACGGGUCUGUGAGAAACAUUUUGAGGAGAAGUACAUCGAUCGCAGCUACAAAAUGCCACGGUUGUUUCCUGACGCUUGGCCAACGCUCAAUUUGAUUGAGCCAACAUCGGAGGAACUGUCGAAGUACAGAAUCGAUGGGAGAGGACGACCGCCGCGGGAAGUUAAGCUGGAAUUUAAUCCAAAAGCGUUUUGUCGCUUAUGUGGUAGGAAAGAGAAACGAUCGCUGGAACUCCAGUUGGAUCACUUGAAGGACGGGGAGGGAGUGUUAAAGUUCUGCAUGGGGCAGUAUUAUCAGAGAGAAGAUCUCCCGCGUGGAGUUUGCCUGACCUGUAUGGAAUCCGCAGAAUCGUUUGUUGACUUUGUUAAAACCUGUGAAGAGGCACAGCAAAAAUUGGAUGCCAUAUUCAGUUCUGAUGAAGCGCUGAAAAUGGAGCCGCAUUGUGAGCUAUUGGAGAGUAUGAACUGGAAGGAAGAGAAAAUAGAGGAGUCAAUGGAAGAAAUGCCGGAAGAACAGUAUCAAACCGAAUAUCUUAUAGAAAUAGUAGAAGAUCCAGAAAAUAAGAUACCGGAAGUUAAGUCUGAAGAAGUUACAGACAUUCGUGAGGAGAAUGAAAACGAUUUUUCUGCUAUGGAUGAUGGUCCGGAUCAAAACUCCGAUUCCUCACAUCAGGAUGAAGAUUUUGAUGAUAACGAGGACAUAAGAAAAUCACCAAAUUACGAUAUUCGUUCUAGUAGUAGUUCUUUCAGCAAUUCGGACACGGACUCCGACGAUGAACCUCUUGCUAAGAAAAAACAACCCAAGAAAAGGUGCGGCCCAAAGCCCAGACAGACAAUCAAAAUACGAGAAGAUCUUGGAACACUGGAUGUUGUUGAUGAGUUUCCAGUUAUGAAGAAAAAGGAAAAGAAGAAGCCAACGCCCGCUCAGCGUCAGGAACGGAAAGGGCGUAAAUCCUCAACCGGUCCAGGAGAAACCAGUAGAAUUUGUCCGAUAUGCGGCAAAACUCUGGUUCAUAAGGGAAAUUUUACUUCACAUCUGAAAAUACACAGCGAGAAGAAAGACUACGUCUGUAACAUCUGUGGCAAGCAGUACUACAUUCGGAGAGAGCUGCAGAUGCACAUCGAGUCAUUGCACGAGAAGAAAACUUUCGUUUGCAACAUCUGCGGAAUUAAAUGCGCCUGGCGGAAGGGACUGCAGCGACACAUGAAGAACAAACAUUCCGACGAGAGUUCGCUGAAGCAUAAGUGUACGUACUGCGGAAAAGCGUUCCUGCUACCGAAUCAACUGCGGUUGCACGUGAUGAAGCAUACAGGGGAUCGAAUUACCUGUGAGAUUUGUGGAGCAGGAUACAGGUUCAACUACAUGCUGACGCAGCACAAAAUACGCGAGCAUGGCAUGGAGUUCAAGGGCGUUAAACUGUACAAACCCAGUGGUAGAUCACGCAAGACCGCACCCAUCAAACCGGAAGUGGAUGUUACUGCUCUAGCAGUAGAUUCUAUCGCUCCCCAGGUAACUGCCAGCACUCCAAUUCACGGCCUUGAACCGAGUUCAGUUCACUCUGUCGGUCACGUAUCUUCUCAUGUGCUUGAACCCAGCCACGAUUCAAUCCAUUCCUCCGAAUCGUCUCAAUCACAUCCAAUUCAGCAGCAACAUCACCAACAGCAGCCUCUGCAUUAUCAACAUCCGAUCGCUGCGGCCCAUUCGGAACGCGUACAUUAUCCACCGGGUUUCGUUUAUCCGGGGGGUGGACCGCUGACCAUGAUGCUUCCCCCUGGCGGAUAUCAUGAAUAGAGACAGGGUCAGUGAGAAAAUAGUGAGUAUAAGACUUUUCUCGAUUUAUUUGCUAAUAAAACUUUCAUACGCGUUAAAGUAGGCAAAA